AUGCAUAAGUUGAAUCUUUUUCGAUCGAAAUUACAUCAUGAAUCUUCUCGUCGAACCAAAUCAUUGAGACCAGAUUCCGAAUAUUAUACAAGUAUCAACACUAAUAAAACGACACCUACUCAGCCUAUUACUAUUUCAGCACCUAUUAUUAAUCGUAGUGACAAGGUUGCAAUUAACGACAAAGAUCAAUCGGAUGAGUAUUCUAAUGAAGAACAGAUACCAAGCAUAGAAAACGACAACAUCGAAGAACAAAUAUCUUUAUCAGAAGAAGCAGAAAAAAUGUCUGGUGAAUAUAACAACCAUAUAGAUGAUCAGCCUGUUUCAUCUUUAUCAAUAUUAAGUAAUCAAUCAUAUUCAUCAAUAAAAACUGAGUCAACACGACCACCAUCACCACCACCGCCACCGCUAACAACAACAACAAUAACAACAAUGGUAGGUACUAAUCCUAGAGAAGAUAUUUUAACAAGUUGUAAAGCAACAGCAAUGGUCUAUAAUGAUUCACAAAAGAAAUGGAUACAUUGUGCACCAAAUGGUUCAGCUAAAAUUCAGUUAUUAUUUUCUCCAGAUACACAAAUAUAUCGUAUUGUUGGUAGACAAAUUCAAGAUCAUGAAGUUGUACUAAAUCAUACAAUAAAUAAAGGUAUCAAAUAUAAUCAAGCAACACCUACAUUUCAUCAAUGGCGUGAUCAACAAUCUGUAUAUGGUCUAAAUUUUUCAUCGAAACUUGAUGCACAAGAAUUUGGUAGUACGAUGAUGAAAAUUCUGGAAAACGUCAAUGGUUCUACUAAUCUAUCGUCUCAAACGAAUGCUAAUGGUGGAGGAACUCUUCCAUCGUCAACGCAGAUGAAUAAUAAUAAUAAUAAUAAUAAUAACAGCACAUCGUCAUAUAAACGACAAACGAGCCAACCAUCUUCUUUUCCUCCAACAGGAGCGACAGUAUCCAUCAAUUCCACAACUUCUUCUGCUAUAUCAGAACCACAACAACAACAACAACAACAGCUACUAUUACAUUCGUCGUCGUCUUACAAUAAUCAGUUUCGUCCGAGCUUGAGCUCAAUAAACUCCACAUCAACUAAUAACAGUAACAAUUAUUAUAGUCAACAUCAACAACACUCUGAAGAAGAAGAAGCAAAUUACGCACUUAUUUCCGACUCAUAUUCAUCCUACGGUGAUAAUUUAACAAAUAAAAACAAUAAUAUUCCACAACCUCCACCAUUAAAUCCACCCAUGUCCACAGGCAGCGCUCCACCAGCCGCUCCUCCACCACCACCACCUCCUCCUCCAAUGCCUAGUAGUUUCGGAAAUGGACCACCACCAGCGCCUGCACUAGUUCUUCCUACUAGUAAUGGAAGUGGUGGUAGUACACCUCGGAAAUCAAGUACAACUGCUCCACCAAUGGAUUUAAUGUCUGAAAUGGCUGCUAAAUUUGCACAGCGUCGUAAACAAGUUGAUGAAGGUGACAAAACUGAUUCAUCCAAUACAGCUAAUACAGGUAAAACAUCAUCAAAAGUGCUACCUUCGACAACGUUACCACCAACAACACCUGCAACUGUUCCAACAUCACCACGUGUUACUCGUAAAGCAAGUGAAUCUCAUUCUACACCCAAUUAUACAGCUAAUGAUCUGGAUAAAUUAAAAACUGAAAUACUUACUGAAAUACGAAAGGAUAUUGAAAAAGCUAAACAAGAAAUAAUUACUGCUAUCCUUGACCGUCAAAAACCUAUUAGAAAAUAA